AGGUCAACGCUUGUGCUUACAGGGGUAAGUGACCAAGAUGGCGGCCUCCUUGUGUCACUGUUAUCAGCACUAUGUCAGGAGGAGUUUAGUAUUACUCACUACACGCACUUGUUUGUCCACAUAUGACAGCUCUUGUGUGCAUAGGAUAUGUGGGUCUGUCACAAGCGCCUCGCAGGUUCGGUAUUUAUCCGCGGACAGAGGAGGGCGAAAAGGCUUCUUAGGUGAAUUUUUGGACAGUUUAAAGCAGGAGCUGAACAAAAACAAGGAAAUGAAAGAGAACAUCAAGAAAUUUCGUGAGGAAGCCAAAAAACUGGAGGAAUCGGAGGCACUUCAACAAGCCAGGCGGAAAUAUAAAACCAUCGAGUCUGAAACUGUAAAGACUUCAGAGGUGCUGAAGAAGAAGCUGGGGACGCUGUCAGAGACGGUUAAAGAGGGUUUAGGAGAAGUCGGUCGCUCGGACAUUGGGAAAAAAAUCAUGGAGGGAAUGGAGGAAGCAGCGAAAACAGCCAAGCAGUCAGCAGAGAGUGUUUCUAAGGGCGGAGAGAAGCUGGGAAAGACUGGAGCUUUUCGAGCAAUCUCGCAGGGUAUGGAGAGCGUAAAAAAGGAGAUUGGGGACAUUGGUCAUAGCGGACCUUACAGAGCACCCACUAUGUUACGAAAGAGAAGUGACUUCUCCUCUAAAGCUGCAGAGGCUGAAGCCAAAGUCUUCGAUGCAAACGAGGAGGCAACAGGUGUCGUGCUUCACAAGGACUCGAAAUGGUACCAGCAGUGGAAAGACUUUAAGGACAACAAUGUAGUUUUUAACAGAUUCUUUGAAAUGAAGAUGAAAUACGACGAGAGUGACAAUGCCUUAAUCAGAGCGUCUCGUGCCAUCACAGAUAAGAUGACCGAUCUCAUAGGUGGCUUGUUCUCCAAGACCGAGAUGUCGGAAGUUCUCACUGAGAUCCUGAAGGUAGACCCCAACUUUGAUAAAGACUCCUUUCUUAAACAGUGUGAGAAGGACAUCAUUCCCAACAUCCUAGAGGCUAUGAUUCAAGGAGAGCUGGAGGUCCUGAAAGAUUGGUGCUAUGAAGCUACUUACAGCCAGUUGGCUCAUCCGAUUCAUCAAGCUAAAGCAAUGGGCCUGCAGUUUCACUCAAAGAUUCUAGACAUUGACAAUGUGGAUCUGGCCAUGGGGAAAAUGAUGGAACAAGGCCCUGUCCUAAUCAUCACUUUCCAAGCCCAGCUGGUGAUGGUGAUCCGUAACACCAAGGGUGAAGUGGUGGAGGGCGACCCGGAGAAAGUCCUGAGGAUGAUGUAUGUUUGGGCUCUGUGUCGUGACCAGGAGGAAUUUAACCCCUACGCUGCCUGGAGGCUGCUUGACAUCUCUGCCUCAAGCACGGAGCAGGUUCUCUGAGGAGCUUGAGGACACAUGGACACACGGACACACACACACAAACACACACGCGCGGCUCAGACUGAAAGAAAGUGACUGCACAUACACAAUCCAUUGUGUGAGACUUUCCCUAAAGCAUGACUGUACUCUGGCCGUGUCACUGGACCUGAGAGUGACGUCACAUGGUUGGAAGUUGUGACUUUCUGUUACAGUUCUGCUGAAGAUGUGUGUUCGGUUCUUCCCGCAGUAGGGUCUGUGGUAAAGCAGUGCCAUUUAAUAUACAUGUAUUAAAAAGAUCUUAAAGGGAUAGUUUAGCCGAAUAUGCUAACAGGGUUUGUGGAAGAGCUCAGAAGCCAACGUAACUCUGAAGUCCAUUUAUUAUUAGCUACAUUAGCAUUUUGCCCAGAUUAUAUCUUUAUUGGCUGAGAUUUGUAUAAUAUAAUCAUUCCCAAACGAUUAAUAUCUAAUAAACGUAAUAACUGUAAGCACGUAUAUUAUGUUUUUAAUCAUGUUUAAAAAUGUGGCAAAAUUUUGCAAGAUGAAUCCAUAAACAAAGUGUGGCAUCUUUUUUUUUUUUUUUUUUUUUUUUUUUUUUUAAUUAAGAUACUGUGUGCAAUACAGUUUUAAAGUCAACUUAACUCAAAACUGUAAUAAAAAAAAGAAAGUGGGGGGGGGGAUGCCAAGACAUUUACUGGCACAUUUAAAAUUUUAUUUUUAAAAUAAAUUAGAAAAAAUG